UUGGCAAAUUAUUUCUGCCAACUCUCUCCUUGGUAAGCAUACUUCCUCCCUAAGCAUGUGUAGGCUAGUCUGUUCAAGGACUUCCCAAAAAUGGAUCACCUUUUAGCACUUUCUUUCUUUCAUUUUUCUCUCUCUUUUCGUUUUUGCCAAGCUAGCUUUCACAGAUUGUUUGGAUAUAAGAACCCCCUGGUAUAGUCCUCAACUUCAAGACAAGGGGAUUGGUGGGUUAGAAAGAUGGGGAUGGAUUAUUACAAAAUGUUGGGGGUGGAUAGGAGCGUCAAAGACGACCACUUGAAGAAGGCCUACAGAAAGAUCUCCGAGGCUUAUGAGGUCCUCAGUGACCCCUUGAAGAGAGCAGUGUAUGAUCAGUAUGGCGAGGAGGGUUUAAAGGGUCUAAAGGGUCGAGUGCCGCCACCUAAUGCCAGUGCCCCUGGCGGUGCUACCCAUUUCUCGACAGGAGAGGAGCCAACGUUGUUCAACCCCCAAAACGUGGACGAUCUUGUUGAGUAUUUUGAGUUUGUGAACUCCCUCGGCGGCAUGAGAGGGAUGGCUGGCGGCAGCGGGGGUCAAAUUAGAGGGUCAAGGUCCUACAGUAUUUCUCCUGGGGACGAUAUCUUCAUCUCCUUAUUCCAACAAGCAGCUCCCAGGAAAGCUCCUCCUGUUCAGAACAGGUUGCCCGGCAGUCUAGAAGACCUCUAUAGAGGGACUACCAAGAAGAUGAAGAUCUCCAGGGAGAUUGCUGACACGAGCGGAAGAACUAUGCAGGUAGAGGAGAUCUUAACCAUUGACAUAAAGCCAGGCUGGAAGACUGGAACCAAAAUUACCUUCCCUGAGAAAGGUAAUAAGCAACCAAACGUCAUACCGGCCGAUCUUGUCUUCAUAAUUGACGAAAAGCCUCACAAUGUGUUCACUCGAGAUGGAAACGACUUGAUUGUCACGAAACAUAUAUCCAUGGUCGAGGGCUUAACAGGCCUCACAGUCUAUCUCACAACCUUAGAUGGCAGGAAUUUGACCAUCCCAAUCAACAGUGUGAUCCAUCCAAACUAUGAGGAGGUGGUUCCGAGGGAGGGGAUGCCUCUCCAGAAGGACCUAACAAAGAAGGGUAACUUGAGGAUCAAGUUCAACAUCAAGUUUCUAAAGAGGCUGACCUCGGAUCAGAAGGCUGGAAUCAAGAAACUUUUAGGGGCUCGAGAAGUAGUUGAUGUCCAACGGAGCUAAUUUGAAUAUCAGGUCAAGGUGCUUGGUAUUGCAAGGUCAGAGAAAUCGCACCUGAUGUUUUUUUUUUUUUUUUUUUUUGGCAGCAAUUUGGGGUUUAGUUUAUUGGUAUACUUAGGUUGCAGUCCUAAUCAAGAGUUACAGACAGGUUUAUGGAAAAUGAUAGUUUCGGUUGUGUCUAAGAGGCAAUAUCUGUAGAUUCAAGCA